GCUUAAAAUAUAGUAGAACGAGAGGUUGCCCUGUAAUCAACCCUCUCCAGAGGCGAAAGAACGAACCCAAAAAGAAAAGAUGAACACGCUGCAAGCAAUUCAGACAACCUUAACACCAUACUUCCAUGUUUCGCUCGCCACAAGAAGACACUCUACUCCUAGAAACCCAUUUCUCUGUCUCUCCAAACCAGCUGAUUCAGAGUCAGAUUCAGAUUCCGAUGCUUCAAAGCCCGAAGGCGAUACUCGAAAGCAAGAACUCCUCGCCAGGAUCGCCAUGCUUCAAGCUUCCAAGGUCCGUCUCACGGACUACUUGGACGAACGGUCUGCUUAUCUUACAAAGUUUGCAGAAGAAGCCAACGCUGAGUUCGACAAGAUUGGAGAAGACGCCAUGAAGGACCUUGACGACGCAAGCUCAAGGAUAAUGGAGAGUAUCGAGUCUCAAAUGCAAGCUUUCGAGGAAUCUGCAGAGAUUAACAGAAUAGAGAUAGAGGAGAGUGAGAAUAUUUUGGCUGCGUUCGAGGAUAAAAUCGAGAAAGACAGGAAUGAAGGACUGUUCUUUAAGAGUUUAGGCGAGAAAAAACCUGUGGACAAAGCCAAAGCUAAGGAAGAGACUGAAAAAAUUAGCAACGUUACGAAAGAAAGCGCAGGAUCAAAAACAAGAAGAAACAUUUACCUCGGGUUGAUCGGGAUUAUAGUUCUCGCGAUUGCAGAUUCGUUCAUUUCUUCACCCGAUUGGAGAAAAGUAGCAAUUCUCGGAGCAAUUCUUGUUCCACUGCUCACUCAGUUCGUCUAUGAGCAGACACUGUUAUCAGAGGAAGCAGAGAAACAAAAAACCAACAAGGAGUGAGAGAUGCUACUGUAGGCUCUAUGUGAUUUCAGUGAAUGAGAUAUAGCUUGAGAUUAUAGACCCAAAUGGGAGCUCAUCACUUGGGUUUGAUACGUCAAGCUACAUUUGCUUUUGCACCAGUGAACAUUAGAUCUCGGCGAUGUUACUGCAAUCGCCCAGAUCAAGGUUUGCCACCUAGAUGCUUGUGACACUUCAAACGAUCAUCAUAUUUGAAAUAUAAUGAUGUGUAAUGAUAGCUAAUUUACAUGUACAUCAACUUAUUUCAAGCAAAAAUGGUAUCUUUUAUACACAAUAGAUGUUUCUA